AUGGUUAGAUAUUCCGGACGGCACAGUGAAGGUAAGAGCACAGAAGACGUCCAGAAGAAUAGACAAAAGAGCAAUCCUACACCUUCAAAAUCUUCUCGUAAUAUCAGAGACAACAAGGGCUGUGGUAAUAACCAUACAGGACAAUACUGGAAUGGAAGAGAAUGGGUCCUUGAUCCCAAUCUGGUCAAGACAAUCGAGAAUCUUUAUGACAAGCUAGAAGCUGCAACCAAAAGUAAACGGGAAUUGGAGGAAGAUAUGAGUUGCAUCGAAUCUCCACCAAGCGACGAUCUUAAAGUAGCAGCAGAAGCCGGACUUGAGGCUGCAUUCCAUUCGGCUAAGGCGGAGCUUUGUUUAUAUAAAAAGGCGAAAACAGGCUCGCGAUCUGGUUCAUCCACAGAUGUAAUCGAAGAACGUAAAUUACUGGAAGCGACAAAGAAAGAAACCAUUGAAAAUAUGCAGGCAUAUGACCCAGAUACUCAUUUGGCACAUAAAAAGAUUCACAAUAUCUUGGAGAAGAGAAAACCCAGAAACAUAAAGUAUGUAGCUAUCGAGAAGCUCGUGCUCCGAUUGAUGAGAAGAUAA